UUUUAUUAUGUGUUCAUGUGAUGACUUUUGGCUGUAGAUAUCAUUGUAGGCUUAUGCUUCUUCAAUUUCAUCUCAUCGAUGAGCGUCAUCGUCUUUAGAAAGCAGUUAUUUUGGAUGUACGAAACAUUUUGUUGCUUUAAGACCUUAAAAGUCUCAAUUUGGUCUCUCAGAUGAGAUUAAAACUGAAACUUAAGGAAACUGCAGUGAUGCUGAAUGACGCUCUCGCUGUGCGCAAAUGUGCUGACGCCACCUGUGGUCUCUUAAAUCGAUUGAUUCAGAAAGAUUUAGGCACUUUGACCAGGAGAGAGUUCAGGUUGCACAACAGCCGUGUCGCUCGCGCUUUCUAACCACGAGACAAGAGAAGUUUUGAUCGCACAUUGUGUGUAGCCCACUGUAUAAUCGUGCGUGACGUGAAAGUUGAGAGUUUAAAUGGUGCUCCGAAAGUUACCCGGUGUCUCAGCAUCGGGCAUGGGGCUUCGUCUGUCUCAGAAAUUCGUCUUUCUGCUGUUCCUGUCAGGGUUGGUAACUCUGUGCUUCGGGGCUCUUUUCUUUCUACCCGACUCCGUGCGUCUGAAGCGCAUCUUCCUCUCCAAGAACGAGAGUCCCGCGGUGACCGUAGGCUCCGACAAUGAGCUUUCCAAAAAGGUGCCCGUGGAUCAAGAGCAUCAGCGGACGGGUUUAAAAGGGGUUGAGGCGAAUGUCAAACCGAAAGUGAGCCGCAAGCCCUCGGUCACCCAUGGAGCGAGAACUGUGGAGAGAUCUGUUGGGAGUAGAGCGCAGGACGAGUGGAGUCCGGCGAGGGCGCACGAACCGCCGGCCAGGGACGAGCGGGUCACCUCGGCCGCUCUUAACGCCCAACACGGCACCACUUUCAGCCACGAGACGUUUAAAAAGUGCCUGCUGAAACCAGCUUUGGGGAAGGACCAGGGAAAUCCAUCUGAUUCCGAGACGCUUCAGCGGAGGGAGAAAGUCAAAGAGAUGAUGAAGUUUGCCUGG